GUUUCAUCGCACGGAAUGGAAUCUUGGCGUCCAACCCUUGUACCCCGGCCUCCUCAGUUCGUAGGUUUUCAGGGUUUGGUCCCACGAAGUGAUGUCACAGGACCCGAGGCACUACCCCACUGCCUCCCCCCGAUCAGACCCCCCGUGUUGUCCCCCAGGUUUCACCCCGACAUCACCAACAGACUCCUGCUCUGUCCCCCUGUACCUCCUCACAACGUCUUCUACUUCACGCAGGAGGACCUUGACUUUGCACUCUACGGGUAUACACCUUCCCAUAAUGCACCUGUGCCGUGUUCGCAUGCUCUCAGCGGCAUCAAAUCUGGCGCCAUGAACAGUUUUAGUGGAAUGGACAAGAUGUUGACGGCAUCAGGGGAGCUAACCGCGUCUGUCCCCUUCACCGGGUGGAGAGGUUAUAGAUCAGAUCCACCCGUUCACGACCUUCCUCAAGAGCUGUGCCUAUCUCAAGCCAACAUAGGAGGAGUUCCUCAUUUUGGAGUCUUCUGCCGGAAGGACAUAGUCAAGAAGGGGUCAAAAUUUGGGCCAUUCAAGGGCAAGAUCGUCAACACCAGCGAGAUUAAAACAUUUGAUGGAAACAGUUUUAUGUGGGAGAGUGUGCACACCAGCUUUCCCAAGAAGCUGUAUUCGCUCCUGUUACUGUACUUCGAAGUGAUAAUAAACAGAAGGUUACAGAAGAAAGCACUCGCCCACAUUUUUAAAGAUGGCCGACUCAGCCAUUUUAUUGACGGAAGAGGCGCGGCCGGAAACUGGAUGUCGUAUGUGAACUGCGCACGUCACGGUGGCGAGCAGAACAUGCACGUGUUCCAGGAGGGCGACGAGUUGUUCUACGAGGCCACGAGAGAUAUCUGCCCAGGGGCAGAGCUGCUGGUGUGGUACGGGGAGAAGUACGUGCAGGUGAUGGGGAUUCCUGUCACCAUGAAGGAGGAGGUCGUCGAAGGGGAGCUGGAGAGGCCUAAAGAGACAGAAAACACUGACGGGUACCAGUGCGAGCGGUGUGGGAAGGUAUUCGCCUACAAAUACUACCGGGACAAGCACCUUAAGUACACCAAGUGUGUGGACCAAGGUGACCGGAAGUUCCCUUGUCACCUCUGCAGCAGAUCGUUUGAGAAGCGUGAUCGUCUACGGAUCCACGUCCUGCACGUGCACGAGAAGCACCGCCCCCACAAGUGUGCUGUUUGUGGCAAGAGUUUCAGUCAGAGUUCCAGUCUCAACAAACACAUGAGGGUUCACAGCGGGGAGCGGCCGUACAAGUGUGUCUACUGCAGCAAGUCAUUCACAGCCUCCUCUAUACUGCGCACCCACAUCCGUCAGCAUUCCGGCGAAAGGCCAUUCAAGUGUAAAUUCUGUGGCAAGGCUUUCGCUUCACACGCCGCCCAUGACAGUCACGUGAGACGCACGCAUGCGCGUGAGAAGCCCUUCGUUUGUAAAGCAUGUGGCCAGGAAUUCGCUCAUCAGUUUGAUCUUAAAAUCCAUCUUCAAUCACACAUAGAUUCCUCGCGCCCUGUUUGGUCCGCUUCUCCAUCAGACGAUACACCGGUCACCAUGGUUCCCAUGGCAACAAAUCCGUGACGUCAUCCUGACGUUAUCUCAGAAAUCUCCGUGGAUCAAGCAUCGGCCGAACAACUAUAGGCUAUACAACCACAAUAUGACAAUCCGUUACGUCAUCAGAAUUUUUAUGAUGACGUCAUACUCUAUUACGUCACAGAUUGUGGUACAGAUAUGUCCAGCGUGGUGAACCUAGUCAUUGAUCACGUGCAGAUCGUCCACAAUGAAGGACACUUGAGAGUAUUAAUAGCCUAGCAACUGAGCGAAUAUUACUUGGUAUGCCCGAGAGAAAACAUCAGUAUCUUCCCAUCAUAAAUAUGAGAGAUUAUUACUUACUGUCGCAUCAGAUCUUGAACAUGACCAGCCAAUGACAACAAUAAAUGUCUCAUUUUGUAAAUGGAUCUUCAAUGCAUUACGUUAGAUGUAUGUAGCGUUGUAUACAGGCGUCAGUGGUCGCGUUGAUAACGUGUUGGUUCGUCACCCACGGUUCGAUUCUCCCCGUUACCAGCAUAGUCCCUAUGUCCACUAUGGUGAUGGUCCUGACAUGUCGACAUCGGUAGAACUGUUGGUGUGAGGUCCACACUGAAGAUGGGGUCGCCGAGUCACGUGAAUGUACAAUGUAUAUUAAAUUAUCUAAUAUUUAA